CGAGCCAGCCUGCAGUUACCACUUGGGCACCGGUGGCACCGCAGGGCAGGCCGGAGGAGCCCGUCCUCGACCAGCCGGGGGUCUGCUCCCAAGCCCGUCGGCUCCCCCCGGACCAGCCGGUGCCCCGCGGCCCUCCAGGCCCCCCCUUCCCCGCGGCCCUCCAGGCCCCCCGCGGCCCCGCAUCAGCCGAGAUGUCUAAGGUGGCCAAGUACCGCCGGCAGGUGAGCGAGGACCCCGACAUCGACAGCCUGCUGUCCACGCUGUCCCCCGAGGAGAUGGAGGAGCUGGAGAAGGAGCUGGACGCGGCGGACCCGGACGGGAGCAUCCCUGUGGGGCUGCGGCAGAGAAACCAGACGGAGAAGCCGGCCACGGGCAUGUACAACCGGGAGGCUAUGCUCAACUUCUGCGAGAAGGAGACCAAGAAACUUAUUCAGAGGGAGCUGUCCGUGGACGAAAGCAAGCAAGCGGAGACCAAGGCAGAUGCCAAGAACGGAGAGGAAAGGGGCAGAGAUGCCAGCAAAAAACCCCUGGGCUCCAGACGGGACGCGGACCUGGGGAAGGAGCCAAAGAGGGGUGGUUUAAAGAAGAGCUUCUCGAGAGACAAGGACGAAGCCGAUGGCAAAGGUGGAGACAAGCCCAAGGAGGAGAAGCUCAUCCGGGGGAUCGACCGGGGCCGGGUCCGGGCCGCCGUGGACAGGAAGGAGGCCGCGAAGGACGGGCAGGCAGAGGACAGGGCAGCGGCCCCCAAGAGGGAGGAUGAGAAGAGGGCCAGUGACCGCAGCGCAGGGCCGGCCAGGGCCAGGGCCAGGAAGGGAGAGGACAAGGAGCCGGGCCCGGGCGAGGGCGACAAGAAGGGAGAGGGGGAGAGGCGGCGCGCAGACACCAGGACGGAGGACGAGGGGAUGAGAAGAGGAGACGCCAAGAGGCAGGAAGAGAAGGCGAAGAAGGAGCCCGUCCGCGCCGAGGGGCCCGGGGAGCAGAGCCCGAGCCCCGCCGCCGCGGACAAACCGGGCCCGGCGGCACCCCCGACGGCCUCGGAAGGGCCCGCCAAGGACGAGGACGCGGCUCCCAGCAUAUUUGACGAGCCCCUGGAGAGAGUGAAGAACAACGACCCCGAGAUGACCGAGGUGAACGUCAACAACUCGGACUGCAUCACUAACGAGAUCCUGGUCCGGUUCGCCGAGGCGCUGGAGUUCAACACGGCGGUCAAGGUGUUCGCCCUGGCCAACACGCGCGCCGACGACCACGUGGCCUUCGCCAUCGCCAUCAUGCUCAAGGCCAACAAGACCAUCACCAGCCUGAACCUGGACUCGAACCACAUCACGGGCAAGGGCAUCCUGGCCAUCUUCCGGGCCCUCCUGCAGAACGACACGCUCACCGAGCUGCGCUUCCACAACCAGCGGCACAUCUGCGGCGGCAAGACCGAGAUGGAGAUCGCCAAGCUGCUCAAGGAGAACACCACGCUGCUCAAGCUGGGCUACCACUUCGAGCUGGCCGGGCCCCGGAUGACCGUCACCAACCUGCUCAGCCGCAACAUGGACAGGCAGCGGCAGCGGCGGCUCCAGGAGCAGCGGCAGGCGCAGGAGGCCGGCGGUGGCGGCGGCGGCAAGAAGGAUCUGCUGGGGGUGCCCCCGCGCGCCGGCCCGGCCAAGGGCUCCCCCAAACCCUCCCCGCAGCCGUCCCCCAAGGCCUCGCCCAAGAACUCGCCCCAGACCGGGGGCGCCCCCGCCGCCCCGCCGCCGCCCCCGCCGCCCCUGGCCCCGCCCCUCCUCCCCGACACCCUGAGGAACUCGCUGUCGCCGGCCACCCAGAGGAAGAUGGGCGACAGGGCCCUGCCCGGCCAGGAGAAGAACUCCCGCGACCAGCUCCUGGCCGCCAUCCGCUCCAGCAACCUGAAGCAGCUCAAGAAGUUAAGUAGUCGCGGGGGGGUGGGGGGGCCGUGGGGGGGCCCGGGUCACCCCCCAGCCCCGUCUGCUCCCUGGAAGGGCUCCCUGUAA